UUCCAUCGCUGACUGUAAAUAUUACCGUCUGUGUAUGGCUUACACACUUCUUCUUGUCAUCUUUACGUUACGGUAACGGAGCUGCCUUCAUUCCCGUCCGACUGAGUUCAAAACAGCGGAGAAAUGGACGACCAAGACGAAGACCUCGGUGAGUUUGACCCAAACAUCCCAGAGGAGGGACCGUCAGCGCCCCCUCCUGGCUGGCUGGAUGAUGUACAUGGAUACCAGGUCCCCAAAGGAGAGGGUGACAACCCGCUGUAUCCACCCCCCCCUGACUAUAACCCGCAGCCCGAACUCAACAAGAACACUUUGGUUCCCAUUGUCAGGGUCCCCACUGUGUCGGAGGAUGUGGCCAGAGAUGCCUUGCUCAAGUUUGUGGAAUCAAAAUGGAGAUACAGCUCCAAACCUGCCAGGAACCUCACCUUCAAAGAGCUCAAGCCCGUCACUGUGUACAGGUAUCGCCUGGAGACCUACACUGAGACCAGAACCAGCGCCUGGCAGUUUGAAUCCUACAACGGACAGGUGGUGGACGGUCCUCAGUUUGGGAUGAGUCCUCCACCGUGGGACAUUCCUGUCACGCUGCCUGCGAGAUACACCGACAAGGUGGAGAAGGUCCGCGUGCCGCACUCCUCCUUCGUGAAGCCCUGUCACAAGUGCAACGGCUGUGGAAGAACUCGCUGUGGUAACUGCCAUGGAAGAGGCCAGAAGCGUUGCUUCUACUGCAACGGCACAGGGCACAGAAGGCGGCCCGGGAAUCACAAGUCGUCCGGGAAGACGCGUUGUUCUUCUUGUAGCGGGAGAGGCCGUAAGAGGUGUUCCUCCUGUCACGGCCAAGGCUACAAGACCUGCUCCCUGUGUCACGGCAGCCAAAGCCUGCUGCAUUUCAUCCAACUCACUGUGACGUGGAAGAACGACAUAACUGAUUUCAUUCCCGACCGCCAGCCUGACUUCCCUGACAAGAAGUUUGAGAAAGUGACGGGAGAUCCGUUCUUCGUCGAUGAGAGCGUGCUGGUUUAUCCUAUCCAGGGUUUCCCUGAUCAGGAGAUCUGCAAUGUUUCCACAAGAAUGAUUAACGAACACCUCAAUCGCUUCAGUUCCACCAGCCGCAUCCUGCAGCAGCGUCAGACCAUCGAGAUGGUGCCCCUGACUCACGCUUACUACACGUACAACGGAAAAGACUACAGCUUCUUCGUCUAUGGCGUGGAGAACAAAGUCUUUGCUGCCAAAUAUCCCACUGCAUGUACUAUUUUAUAAGUACUGUGUUUAGUCCUGAUAAUACAUAUUCAUGUGUAGUAUGGGUCAUAUCGGUGGGAAAAGGGAGGGGGGGAAAGCAGAAUCAUCC